UAGCCGCGGAGUGACUCCUCUUGCCGUUUAUACACGAUCUUCGGCAGAGUCCGGGUACAAGGUGGGGCAGAGACUCCCCUGGUCAACUUGUAAAAGUUCAGUGUGUGUCGGUGUAUGGCGGAUUCCUCAGCGAGCGACCGAAAAACACGUUAGCAGUCAGGCGGAGCUGUGAACCACUGGACUGAGACAGACCAGAGUCAUGGCCACCGGCAAGAACAAGAGCCAGACCUCUCUGGUCCUCCAUAAGGUGAUCAUGGUGGGCAGCGGCGGAGUGGGGAAGUCUGCCCUCACGCUGCAGUUCAUGUACGACGAGUUCGUGGAAGACUACGAGCCCACCAAGGCCGACAGCUACAGGAAGAAGGUGGUCCUGGAUGGCGAGGACGUUCAGAUCGACAUCCUGGACACGGCAGGUCAGGAGGACUACGCCGCCAUCAGAGACAACUACUUCCGCAGCGGCGAGGGCUUCCUGCUGGUCUUCUCCAUCACAGAGCACGAGUCCUUCACCGCCACGUCCGAAUUCAGGGAGCAGAUCCUGCGGGUGAAGGAGGAGGAGGCGAUCCCUCUGCUCCUGGUGGGGAACAAGUCGGACCUGGAGGAGCGGCGUAAGGUUUCUGCUGACGAGGCCACGGCGAAGGCCGGCGAGUGGGGGGUUCAGUACGUUGAGACCUCGGCCAAGACGAGAGCCAACGUCGACAAGGUGUUCUUCGACCUGAUGCGGGAGGUACGCAAGAAGAAACUGGCGGAAAGCAAAGAUAAGAACGGGCCGAGCGGCAAGAAGAAGAAAAAGCACUGCUGCUUACUUUAACUGCGAGGUCACAGGCGAGGUGACAAAGUGCCAACACCCAAAAACAGUCAGACGGACUGAGACAGGCAGCAGCUUCAAACCAUCAACCUGCCUGACUGCACAUCAACACUCAACAGCUGGGGAGACUUACUACUCUGACUCCUCACCUGCACGUUUAUUUGGGCAUUUAUUUGUACACCUGCAAAUGUAUUUUUCUCCAAAUGUCUAAAAUCCAAAUUUAAAAUAGUUUAAUUUAAUAGUUACUGUAAGUAUUUGAGCUCAUGUUGCCAAACUCACCAGAAGACUCUCACUUCCAUUAUUGUUUGCUUGGUGACCUUUAAAGUUUUCCUCAUUCUGCUUCCUCUUUAUGUACAGAUUGUGUGGUCCGACUUAUAUGUGGCCAAAAGUAUGUGGACACUUGUGCUGCUCUAACAGCCUCCACUCCUCUGGUUUCAGUCUUGAUGUUGUUGAACUUGCUGCAGGGAUUUGCUCCCGUUCAGACACCAGAGCAUCAGUGAGGUCUGAUGCUGGUGAUCAUGUCUGGCUCCCAGUCGGCUCUCCGGUUCGUCCCAAAGGUCAUGUUCUUCCACACCGCACUGGGAAAACCAGUUCUUUAUGGAGCAGUCUGUAUUUUUACAAUAACAGAUGUCGUGUUUCCUGUUCUGCUUCACUCACAGCGCUCUCAUGCUGUCAUUUGUAGAGAAGAAAACAGCAGACAGACACAGUCAGAGACAAGCUGGUGAACAUAGUGGAGCAUUUAGCAGCUAAAGAGCCAGGAGGUGGUGGAGACCAAGAGCUAUGAGAGAGGGAUCACUGGACAUUGAUCAGGUGACACAAACACGACUGAAUGAAUAAUCAUGUUCCUGUUUGAUGUGGAAAUAAGCAGCUGUUUGCUCACAAGUUCAACGUUUCACCUCAAAAGCUGUUAUUAAAUCAGUUAUUGCAGGUUUCAGUGCACAUUUUCCAAACAGUGCAGAGAGAGAACAUGUCAUGACAUGUCUCUGCCAUCAUAGUGUUACCGAUUGUCACAGAUUGAGACGUUUUACUUUAUUAGACCCGUUCUGCACCAUGUGACAUGCUACAAACCUGUACACAGGGGUGUCCAUAUACUUAUGGCCAUGUACUGUACGUUUCCUUUCUUCUCCUGCGCUGUUGUGAAUCUUUGACAAUCGUGAAUUUGUCUUUUAGGUAGACCCACUAUUAGCUGAAGAAAAGCCAUUUUCCCAGAUCUGUCAGUGGAGAUGUUCCAGGGUGAGAUUUUGUGCCUUAAACUUUUUCUCGUUUGACACGUUUUGUGGUCACGACUGACUGUGAAUCGGAGAAAGAGAGAGUUUUAUCCUACAUAAUGCCAUGAGUUCCCUGCUUUUGUUUCGCUCGAGUAUUUUCGCACAUUCCUGAUAUAUAAUCAGUACACUUCCAGACACUCCUUUUGUACGACAGCUUCAACUCUUCACCUCCCUUUAGAACACGAGUAUAAUUUAUAAUCAUCUUUAAAAGGGAAUUACUAUUUAAAGGUCAUCGGGGUCAUUAUCUGUGUAUUUAUGACGUCUGUGGUUUGAAAGUUUGUUUGUGUUGUUGUUGUUGUUGUGUCCCCCCCGAGAAACUCAUUUCCAUUUGAUAAUAAAAGAAAACACAGGUGGAUCACGGCUGCUUUGUUUGAUCGAGCCCCCGGAUGUGUCGCCGGUGGGAUCAAACAUAUUCUAGCAGCAUUAAUAUGCUUAUAAACUUUGGAUUACACAAAUUAGAGGAGUAUAAAUGAAAAAGGGUUACACUUUAAAUUGUAAUUUGGUACUAAAGUAAACAGAGACCGUUCAUUAGUGCAUUUCCAGUGAAUUACUUAUGAAUAAUUGGUAUGUUCCCAUUGUCUCUAAACAAAUGUACCAAAUGUAAAUAUUUUUUCUUGGAAACUUCUGUGGAAAUAAAAAGUAACAUAAAAGCAUCACCGAAAGACAAAAGCAAAUAUCAGACAGCUCUUCAUAAUACUGUCCUGUAUUUAUGCUGCUCUGUUUGUCGUUAGUAUCAAAGAAUCUGUGUUCAAAAAGCCAUUUACUUGUUGUGAAUGUGAAAUAUUUUAAGAUUUACAAUAAAGCUGAAUGCCAACAACA